UCGACACGCGUGCAGCAGCAGCGUCUGCGGAUUGUUGAGGGUUCGACGACUCUUCAACAAACUUCAACCAAUUUAACCUGCGGAUUAUGCAGAUCAACCGUAGGUAUAGGUAUAUUUUGGUCGUCGAGUCAACUUGUUGAGGGCGGAGGCUGAGUCAUAAAUAUGGGUGUACACGGCAUGGUCGUGUAAAGAGUGCGGAAACCAAGACCCAAGUAGUGAGGAUGUCCCUUGUUAUCAUCGAUGUCUUGUGCACACCCUUUCUUUGACAUCAACAAUAGAAAGGAGAAUUGAGAUAUACCACCAGACGGAAAAGGAGUGAGCGAAACACGCAUUGGUUUAAUAAGCAGGAGUCAGUCUGUCUCUCGCGUUCGCACACCUUGUUCGAUCAUAUACCUACACCAAGUCGACAGUCUUUCAGACUCUCUUAUUUGACGAUUGAAACCAAGACGACGACAGGCUCGCCGUCGGCUAAAUGCACGAGACAUGGCAACUAAGGCCUUCGAAGCUGGGCUGCUGAACAACAAUUUCCAAGGUACCAAAAAGAAGGAUGAACUGGCGGACACCGACAAUUUGUGGUCUAGUAUCUUGGCCCAAGUGCAAAAUAGCAACAACAAUAAGUUGCCAAACAAUAAGAACGUGCUUGUGUUGGGUGACAAUGAAAGUGGAAAAACUACCCUUAUUGCCAAACUCCAGGGUGUAGAGGAUCCCAAGAAAGGAUCUGGCUUAGAGUAUGCCUACAUUGAUGUCAGAGAUGAAUACAGAGAUGAUCAAACUAGGUUAUCAGUGUGGGUGCUGGAUGGCGAUCCUGGACAUACGAAUCUUUUAAAAUUUGCCUUGAAUGCAAAAAAGUUUCCACACACUCUAGUUAUGCUAGUAGCUGCAAUGACAACACCGUGGGCGAUACUGGAUCAGUUGCAAUUUUGGUCCAGGGUUUUGGGUGAUCACAUAGAUAAAAUUGCUGCUGACAAUGAUGAAUUCAAAGAAACGUGGCAAGAGUGUCGGCAAAAAAUUAUCAAGAAGUGGCAAGAUUACACGGAACCGGGCGAUGACCUUGAUCCAGGAAGUCCUAUGAGGAGAACGAGUCGUAAUUUGGAUGACGAAUCUGUUGAUAAUUUACCUCUACCCGAAGGAGUAUUGACAACAAAUUUAGGAUUAGAUAUAGUUGUUGUAAUUACAAAAACAGAUUACAUGACAACUUUAGAAAAAGAACAUGAUUACAGAGAUGAGCAGUUUGACUUUAUGCAACAAUGGAUUAGAAAAUUUUGCCUUCAGUAUGGUGCAGGUCUUUUUUAUACGUCAGUUAAGGAAGAUAAGAAUUGCGAUUUACUGUACAAAUAUUUAACGCAUAGGAUCUAUUCUUUACCGUUUAGAACGCCUGCUCUGGUUGUGGAAAAAGAUGCCGUGCUUAUUCCAGCAGGGUGGGAUAAUAUGAAAAAGAUUAGUAUUUUACAUGAGAAUUUGCAAUUAAUGAAGCCAGACGAUUAUUACAGAGACGUUAUUGUUCAGCCACCCUCCAAUAGAAAGAGUGUGACGCGUCAAGUUGAGGUCCAAGCAGAAGAUGAACAAGCCUUCUUGGCAAGGCAGCAGGAAGCAUUGAUGGGAUUGAAAGAUCCAUCUCGGUCGCCAACCACGAGGAAUCAGGCAAGCAUGGGCCCAAUCGUGCAGGUUGCUUCUCCAAACAAGAAGUUGGAUCCAAAAAGCACUGGUUCAACUCCCUCGGGUGAAGGCGUUCUAGCCAAUUUCUUCAAUUCGCUGCUUCACAAAAAAACCAUGAGUUCUCCAGGUGGACCAGGAUCGCCCGGCAGCAUUGGAGCUAGUCCUCCCAAAAGUGAACCAGGCAGUAUGGAUAAGGCUGCGAUACGAAACGAUGCGGCAGCGGAACUCGAUCGUAUUACGAAAAUAAAAAAAAUACCACCACUAGAUUUGGACAGUUCGACCGAAUCUUGAAAGUUGAAUGAGUGAUCAGGUCAUUUUUUAACAAUCGGAGAGGAUGAAAAGGCCGUCAAUCUGCAACGAUUGCAGCACCGUUUCAUCAGUCAACUUUUUAUCACGUCGAAUAUGUGAAGCAUGUCACUAUUGUUGAGUGCAAUUCUGACUGAUGUUUUUCUAUUAUUUAUAAUUUAUUUAACUGUGUCUAGUUUCGUAAACUGGACUCCCCACUCAAAUGCUCCAAACGCAGUACAGUACUUACAAAUUCUAUAUCAACGUCGAAUUGUUUACACUUGCUUUUCGUUUAACAUUCUUCGCGACUUGCUUGACAAUAAUCAUUCCUUAAUUUGCGCCUGAAACCAUAGGAACGUGCAAAGCAAGUCGAGUUUCGUGCCAGAAAAAAAUAUCAAGGGGCCACUGCGUCUCACUGUUUAUGAGUGAUGAGUAAGUAUGUUAGUGAAAAAGCUUUCAAUUUCGCAUUAAAUUGAUGCGGCAAAAGCAAUUGAAUCAACAACAAAAAUUUAUUUUAAAAAUAAAUUAGAGAUUUCUUGUUUGUACAAACGAUACAUUUGCACAAUUUAUUGUCAUGACUUUGUAUACUGAAUUUGAUGUAAUUUUUUUUAUCCCGCAUUUUUUGUAAAACUGAAAAAAGAAUCAUUGUUUGAGUGACUGAAGAUUAAGCAGCAUUUCAAUUUACAAAGUCGUUUUUUUAAUAAAAUCUUUUUUUGUUUUAAGACUUUUAUCAUUACAUACUGUUGAAUUUGCUGGGAAAAUAAAUUUUAUGUACAUACAUUAAUGCAUGAUUUAGAGCAUCUAAAUUAAUAUUUAACUCAUAAAAUGCAUGAUCAAAUUAGGGUGGCGAAAUCGCUGAAUUGAAUAAAAAAGAACAAAAAUUUUCCUCAUUACAUAAUUUUGCUAGGUAGCUGUUCAAAAUUGCUUAUAAAGAUGAAUGUAUCUUCAUGCCACGUAAAAAUUUUAUUUUUUGGUAUCAUACACAUAUGAAUCCAAAUAUGUAACUUGAUAUGUAUGAUUUGUUGCGGCUAACAUGCAAUAAAAAUCAUAAAUAAAAGGAAACAUUUUCAACAUAA